AUGAGUUCCGAUUCAGCACGGCGUCUUGUAGGCGUCUCGAGCAGCGCUCUGCUGCUUCUGGUGGCGGCCUUUAGUAUCACAACUCUGCAAUAUGUGUCCGUUGUUGGUUGGUCGCUUGGCUUCCUAGUGAAUGCUUCUAUCAAUGUUUGGUGCAUGAUAGCAUCACAACUGGGCGACAGUCAUGUCUCUGGAGCUAUUUCGGCAUUUGUUUCAUUUCUAGCUAACUUCGGGUCGGUCCUGGCAGGAUCGCCGCUGGCGUUCCUGAUCGACAAAUUCGGUUACGACUGUUUCAUACCGUUCUUCUUCAGUCACAUUGCGGUGCUUAUAGCAAUAACGUCAAUGAAUAUUGCAUUCCGUGUGAAAGGCACAAAACAGGAUUGA